GUCUUAAUAUUAUGUUGUUGUUUUAAUAUUUUAUUUUAUUUUCCUUCAAAAUUUGUCUUGUGUACCUGUCGGCCUGUUCAAUUGUUAAGUGUUAUGGAUUAAUUAAGUAUAGGGGAAAAAAUUAAAAAAUUAUGGCUCUAUCUGGUCUCCACCAAGAAGUCGGCUCUCUUACCCAAGAAGAAGAAGAGGCCAACUUGAGAACCAUGAGAACAAUAAACAGUUUCGAAGAUGUCUAUAAGACUUACAAACACGAAACACAUUGCUUCUUGCCACCAACCAUCCCAAUAGACAAAAAUAAAAGCAACACCUCCAUAACGACUUUAAAGAAUCACGUUGAUGCCUACAGACCAUCCACAUCCACUUUGAUAGGCCAGAAGGUAAGGGACAAAAUUCGUGAACUCCGUCACCAGCACCCCGAAGCAAAAGAUCGUGGUAGCUUGCCAAAGAAUCAACACGACCAUAGCCAUGCGAAUUGCUCCGGUUUUCGUAUUGCAUCGGGUCAAAUUAUAAAUAAAGACAAUGGAAGUGGCAAAUAUUGCGAUUUUUACCAAGCUGAAUAUCCAGACUAUGGAGUUGACAGCUGCAAUUGUGAGUCUCUUCACCAACCAAUGAGGUCAUAUCCUGCGAACUUCAUGGGAAACUAUGGAGUUGACAACUGCAAUUGCGAGCCUCUUCCCCAGCCAAUGAGUUCAUAUCCUGCAGACUACAUGGGAAACUAUGAUCAAUGCCCAGGGCAAACUUACUUUAAGUGCUGUAAGAACGAAACUCUCUUGACACCCCCCAACCAAACAAAAUCAAAUCAUCGCCAAAGAAUAGAUUUUUGUUGCUGUUCAUAUGGUUCCAAUGAGAGCAUGAGAAAAGACAAGCCAUUAACUGAAGCGACACUUCCCACCACCCAAUCUAACAUGGAUUCCAAAGGUUCUGAAAGCGCAUCCUCCGAAGAAUGCUGCUGUUGCGAUCGCAUUCACCAAAAUCCAUCCAGAAGUGAGAACAGAUGCUACCAGGAUCGUGGCCUAAUCAUGCCAGAUGGUAUAAAUAAGUCGGACUGUGGAACACAUUCUCUAUGCCAGGACAGAGUGCAGUGCUGUGUGGGUGGAAGUCUGCAAACAAAACAAAGUAACUGGAGUGACGACUGCUCCUGCUCGCCUAUUCCAUCACCAACAACGAGCGGGUGCCUGCCGCCUUAUUUUUUGAAUGGUUGUCCUGCUACAAACAGUUGCUGUCCAUCCACCUCCUCCUCUGGGAGUUGUGGUUGUCCCCCUACGAGCAUGGACUGUUGCAGCUGUGCUACCAAUUGUUUGGACAUAGAGAGUUUCCUGCGGAAAUUUAAGCAAGUGUCUCCAACGUGUACCCCCAAUUGUCUGACACAGCCAUCACCGCCCUGUUUGGGCAUAGGAUCAGGAACAGCGGCCGGCAUGGGCUCAUUGAAUCUUAAUAAUAUUAGUCCCGACAACAAUGCUUGCUACUGCUCUGGGUAUGUAAAUGAUGUGCUUCAAAGUCAGACGGUGUACUCGAUGGAUUACCAACCAAUUGGCUGUAGGGGCAACAACUUUAAUCACUUUCCCAAUUCAUGUGGCGGUGCAGGAUGUAGCAUCCGCAGCGGCUGCAUUCGAAUGGGCGGGGCCGGCAUGCCCAUAACAGAGUCGUGUGGAUCCAAUCCUUGCUAUCAGCACCCAGAAUGCGGAGGCUGUCCACCUGCAGUUGCAAAUUGUGGACUAUGUGGUGAUCUCUGUGGAGCUCCAUCGAAUGGUAUCUAUGCUGUUGGGGAUCUCUGCUGUGGAAUGGACUUCCAACAGUGUUAUCCUUUAAGUCAACUGAGCCCGGGCUACUGCUGCUCCUUUCCUACAGGGUUCAUGCCGUAUAAUUUUAAUAAUGGAUGUCCUGGACCCUGCAAUAUGCCUUAUUCAUGCGAUUGUCCCUGUGACACUCUAGAUACGUCCUGCGGAAAUUCCAGAAUGUACGGAUCCUGUUCGAAGGCCACCAGUUGUCAUCUAAGUCAAAGCUCAAACAGAUAAUGGUUUCAGUAACGAUCCUUCUCCAACUAUUCUUUUAAUUAGUCCGAACUGCAAAUCAAAAUAUACUAAAUAGGAUAUGCCUAAGCA